GUCUUGCAAAUGAAAAGAGGCCUAAUGACUCACAACUUGGAAGGAAAUUGGUUGAUGGUAAUUCAGAUCCUCUUUUGAAGCAAUUGACGGAAAAAGAUCCUGUCUUUUUAGGAGCUAAACAGAUGAUAAAUGUUAGCAAUUCGAGGGUUAGUUUCAGCCCUGAUGGUAUUAGGAACGGGCCCAAACUGGCUGGUUAUUCAACACAACAAGACAAAGAAGCAAGUAAAGGAAAAGCUUUCAUGCUAGGAAGUGAGAAUGAUGCAGGUUCUCAACCUAGUUAUUCAAGCCCAUCUGAGAAGACAACUAAGUUUGCUGUUUCAGGCAUGGAAUCUGUAGGGAACCCCAAGGUUUCUUCUGUUGAUAAGCUUAAAACUGUUAAGAGGAUGGCUGAUUUAUCUAGCUUGAAAAAUUUGAGGAUCCCAGGUGGAAAGAAUGUUCCAUCAAGCUCAAUACCUCAUCAAGAAAUUACUUCCUUGGGGAAGUUGGAGCAAAACAUGGAACUACAAGGAAAUACAUUUUCUAAGAUUUCUUACUCUAUUUGUGGAACUAAGACACAAACGCUUCCAACACCAUCCUUGAAAAGGAAAAAUAUUAAGGAAUCAAAUGCAAAUUUAGCAUCAUUGAAGCUGAUUAAACGGUUAUCAGGGCCACGGAGUGAAAGCAGAAAUGUUGCGGAGUCCUCAGAAAUAUUUGUUGAAGAAAAGGAAAACUGUAAAGAGAUCAAGACUAAUUACCAGUCAACUUCUAUGCUGGAAGCUACUCUAGAGGUGAGCCUCACAAAGCUGGAAAUGCCUCUUGUUUUGCAAAACAACAGCAAUGUGGAAAGGGCAGAGACCUAUGCAAAAGAGCUUGAGGAUAUUGCCAACAUGCUCAAAAAGAAACAUGAGGAAGCUAGAGAGAUAUUGGUUCGAGCCAUUGUGAACAGCAAUAAUCUAUUGAUGCUCGACCAUCCCAUAUAUGAAGACAAGAUAUCUAAGCUUCAGAAGUUUGCUGCUCAGUUGGUGUCCAAGGAGCUUCCAGUGAAAUCAUUAGGAUCAACAGUUGUGUAAUGAAGGUCUUAUGAAUUAGGAAUCAGAAACAAGGAAAAAAGAAUGUUUGGGGUCUAUGAACUAAGUUGUGAAUGCCGUGACCAUUUAUGCAGUUUAUGUGGUUAGAGCA